GAUGACACAAUUUCGUCGUACUGAAACUUGUUUUAGUGCUGCGUGUGCUACGAGGAGUUAAAUUCGACUAAAAGAAGGUGACCGUUAAGAUUUUUAUUCACCAUAACAAAUUUAUUUUUUAAAUAAUGCCACGUAAUAAUUUUUAGUUGAUAAAAUUGCAGGGGCGUUUUUAGUAAACAUGCACAACGAUGUUUACUAGGUUUGUUUUUUGUGACGUUAUAACUUGUGUUUUCUAGCUACAUUAAAUAUUUCCACAAGAUGGCGCUAAACUUAGUUAAUCGGUAACCUGGUCUACAAACAAGUUUUGUCUAUGAUUCAUCAAGUUCUGGGCUCUGUGCACCACACAACCCUCUUUUAGGCAUCAGGGAUAAGUGUGAGUAGCAUUAAUAGAUCGGCAAAACACAUGUUCUAUCGGUAAUACACACCCCAAAAAACAUUCAGUGUAAUUUCCAAUCAAAGUAUUUGCCCUUAGCUACAUUUAAUAUAAAACAGACUACCAAAUUUAUAAGGCAAAACUUCCUGGCUCUCGCAGAUGUAAUUGCGCUUUUCCUGCUCUUUUUUUAUUUUAUUUAAACCCAAAUACACUGAGAAAUAAACACGAGGAGGGUGUUCACACCAGCAGACCACACAUACAUUGACCUCCCAUGAUAAGAGGACAGAAGAGACCCCUGUCCUGCUCAGACAAACUCGCCCACAUACACGGAGAGACCUGCCGAAGCGGAGACGCGCUGACACCGUGCGCUAUUCGCUCCCCGGGUGAAGCGCAGAUCUACCGGAGCCUACUGCCUGCCUGCCUCCCUGCCUGUGAAAAAGUGAUGCUGUCAUAGCCCCCCUGCACCGCGGACAGAGCCUAUUUCACUCCCCCCUCCUCCUCUCCGAACCUCCCCGGAUCCUCUGUGGCUGGCUGUCGGCGGCAGCAGUGCGGAUGUGGAGCCCGCAACGCAGCGCUCUACACCCGUUAGCAAGCACCGGAGAAGAAGAUGAAAUGUUUUUCCCGUUAUCUCCCGUAUCUCUUCCGCCCUCCGAGCACCAUCCUGUCCUCCACUUGCCACACCGAAGCUGACAUUAUCUCAACGGUGGAGUUUAACUCAUCGGGGGAGCUGUUGGCCACUGGGGAUAAAGGAGGCAGAGUGGUUGUCUUCCAAAGGGAGCAGGAGAGUAAGAGUCAGCCCCAGCGUCGUGGGGAGUACAAUGUUUACAGCACAUUCCAGAGCCAUGAGCCAGAGUUUGACUACCUGAAGAGUUUGGAGAUUGAGGAGAAGAUCAACAAGAUCAAAUGGCUUCCUCAGCAGAAUGCAGCAUAUUUCCUGCUUUCCACCAACGACAAGACAGUGAAGCUGUGGAAGAUCAGUGAGAGGGAUAAGCGCCCUGAAGGCUACAACCUGAAGGAUGAGGACGGACGGAUCCGAGACCCAUCCACCAUCACCACUCUACGGGUGCCGGUGCUUCAGCCUAUGGAUUUGAUGGUCGAGGCUACAGCCAGACGGGUGUUCAGCAACGCCCAUACCUACCACAUCAACUCCAUCUCUGUCAACUCCGACCUUCAGACCUUCAUCUCCACCGAUGACCUUCGGAUAAACCUGUGGAACCUGGAGAUCACCGACCGCAGCUUCAACAUUGUGGACAUCAAACCAGCCAACAUGGAGGAGCUGACGGAAGUAAUCACCUCUGCAGAGUUCCACCCGCAGGAGUGUAACACCUUUGCCUACAGUAGCAGCAAAGGUUCAAUACGCCUCUGUGACAUGAGACAAGCCGCACUCUGCGACAAGCACUGCAAAUACUUUGAGGAGCCAGAGGAUCCAUCCACUCGCUCCUUCUUCUCUGAAAUCAUCUCAUCCAUCUCUGACGUGAAGUUCAGCCACAGCGGACGCUACCUGAUGACAAGAGACUACCUCACUGUAAAGGUGUGGGACCUUCAAAUGGAGAACAAGCCGCUCGAGACGUACCAGGUUCACGACUAUUUACGGGGUAAGCUGUGUUCUCUGUAUGAAAACGACUGCAUCUUUGACAAGUUUGAGUGCGUCUGGAAUGGAUCAGACAGCGUCAUAAUGACCGGCUCUUACAACAAUUUUUUCCGAAUGUUCGACCGAAAUACCAAACGCGAUGUCACACUGGAAGCAUCCAGAGAGAACAGCAAACCCAGAGCUAUUCUGAAGCCUCGCAAGGUGUGUGUAGGUGGGAAGCGGCGUAAGGAUGAGAUCAGCGUCGACAGCCUUGACUUCAGCAAGAAGAUCCUUCACACGACGUGGCACCCACAUGAAAACAUCAUUGCUGUAGCAGCCACCAACAACCUAUACAUCUUUCAGGACAAGGUCAACUAAAGGGCAGCCUGCCCCCUGCUGACCCCUGACCCUGCACCUGUAAGGGGCUGCUGUCUUGAAUUCCCCGACUCUGCUGAUGACGACCAGGGUAAAAGUAUCCAGUGACUAAAGUGGGGGAAGUGGACAGCACAUGUUUUAGGAAGCAACAACUUGAUUCCUUGAAAUCAAGAAUGAACUUCUUCAAUUUGACUUAUAAUUUAAUUUAUUUAGCCAUGCGGACACCCGAAGAAUUGUUUCCCAUGCGUUUAUGCAACAAGAGGAUUGCUACCAUCACAUUAUGACGUAGCAGCACUCUGGACCCUAAGGACAGAGGCAGAUGUGGGCACAAUGAACAGAAAAUAGAGCACACUGACAGAAACCAGGCCUACGUGAUGGUGGCUCACUGUCAUGUAGCAACAGUGCCCCCUGUCUUUUGGUCUUCUCAUGCUGCAAUGCAUGUGAUCAACCCUGCAGCCUCUACGUGAGGCAAAAUUCCUGAACAGCGCAAUGUGCUGCAGAAGAGGAAAAGACUGUUAAUCUCUGACCCGCAGAAACUGAGUUCUCGCUGCCUGUGACACAACACAGACAGUCUUUCUAGUACCAAUCUCGUGUCUCCUUGUGAGACUGCUGUAGUCUGUAAUGUGAAUGAAGCCCUUCCAGGCUGUGUCAUUGGGUUUUAUUUAACGCUUUUGUUUUUGUUGAGUCCUUCUCUCGGUCAAUGAGUCUGUUUAGAAGCUGUGGUGCCUUCUUUUGGUAUGUGGGGGUU